GGCGCAAAAGUAAAGUACAGGGAAAAGCAGCAGCGAGGUGGAAGAGACAGAGAGAUGAACAGCCCGAGCAAACCCUCGGAGACACAGAUCCAGAUGCCGGAAACCACGAAAGCGACCGCCAAUGAUUCAGUCACCAUGAGCGGCCCCCUCGUCUCACAUUCUGGCGCCGCAGCUGAUUUUCUGGCCACUCAUGGCCUGAAAACUCGCCGGAAAUCGGAUCCCAUCAGCGCUUUCCUCCGCCUUCUCUGCAUUGUCUCAUCAAUAACAGCAAUAGCAUUCAUGGUCUCUGCUCAUAGCUCGGGCUCAGUUCCAAUCUAUGGAUUCAACCUCCAAGUUGACUCCAAAUGGUCAUUUUCCGACUCUUUUGAGUAUUUGGUGGGAGUUUCGGCUGCCGCGUGUGCUCACUCGCUUCUGCAACUGCUGCUCAGUGUAGCAAAGCUUUGGAAGGGCAUUCCGGUAAUUCCUUCAAGGAACCAUGCCUGGUUAAUCUUUGCCGGUGAUCAGAUAUUUGCUUAUGCAAUGAUGAGUGCUGGAUCAGCAGCAGCUGGUGUGACUAACCUUAAUAGAACAGGAGUUAGGCACUCUGCAUUUCCUGAUUUUUGCAAGCCUUUGCAUCGUUUCUGCGACAGAGUGGCAGUUUCCAUUGCAUUUGCUUUCUUGGGUGCUUUCAUGCUUGCCUCCUCUGCCAUUUUCGAUGUUAUUUGGCUUUCCAAGUAUUAGAAUAUGAAAGUCUCUCUCUCUCUUCCCCAAUAGAAAGCAUUGUACACAACUUGCACAAUUUUGGAACACUGUUGUCCAUAGUUUCUCAAUCUUUUUGGUUACUUCAUUGGCCUUUAGAACAAUGUUAAACUUCUGCUUAGAUUUAUUUAAUGUAUAUGAGAUAGAAGUGUUUUAGAAA